UGGCCACACGUUUUUAUAUUCAUUUUGGUUUUUGAUUUUUCUGUACUUUCCUUUCUUACUUCAUUCACCGAUUCCUCCCCAACUUCAAUAGCCAGAGAGAGAAAACUCAAUUCCUCAUUAUCGGAAUUGUUUUUUCUCUCUGUAUUUUUUUCACCUUACAUUCACUCUAAGUUCUUACAUCUUUUACCGGUUGUUUUUAUUUUUGUCUCCGGUCACCGUCCGUCCGGAGAUCUUUCUUUUUCCGGAUAUUGAUUAUCUUGAGAAAAAAUAAAGAAAAAGUUGAAAGUGAAAUUUGAAGCUUUCGUUUUGUUUUGUUUUGUUUUGUUAUGUUCUAGUUAUCCUUUUGCUUUGGGUUUUUUUUAUCUUUGUUUGUUUCUUAUGUAUCUUUGUGGAUUGGUUGUUCUCGUGUAAUGAAUAAGUCAGUGAAAAUUUUUGGGUGGCUGAGAUUUGUGUGACAGAGUCAAAGAUUUUCAGAGAUCUAUCUGGUUUUGGAUUCACGCAAAGAGAGGUUGUUUGUUUUUGGAAUUACGAGAUGAUGAAGAUGAAGAACAUGACGAAUAUUGGAGCUUCGGAAACCGAAGCAAGAGGUUUGGAGUGGGAAAUGAGACCUGGAGGGUUGUUGGUUCAGCGCCGAACCGCUGACUCGGAUGUAAACCCGGUUCCUCCACCGACAGUUAGAGUUCGGGUUAAAUACGGUUCAACCAAUCAUGAAGUCAAUAUUAGUUCAAUAGCAACAUUUGGGGAAUUGAAGAAAAUGCUAACCGGUCCAACCGGUUUACAUCAUCAAGACCAGAAGAUAUUUUAUAAAAACAAAGAGAGAGUUUCAAAGGAGUUUCUUGAUGUUGUUGGAGUCAAAGAUAAAUCAAAGUUAGUGUUAAUGGAAGAUCCUAUUAGUAAAGAGAAGAGGUAUUUGGAAAUGAGAAAGAAUGUAACAAUGGAAAAAGCUUCAAAAUCUAUUUCAGAAAUUAGUUUGGAUGUAGAUAGGCUUGCAGGGCAGGUGUCUGCUCUUGAAACAAUAAUUAAUAAAGGUGGGAAAGUUGUGGAGGCUGAUUUGCUUAAAUUGACUGAGAAAUUGAUGAAUCAAUUGCUUAGAUUGGAUGGUAUAAUUGCUGAUGGAGAUGUUAAGUUGCAGAGGAAAAUGCAGGUAAAAAGAGUUCAAAAGUAUGUUGAAACUUUGGAUAUGUUGAAAAUCAAGAAUUCCAAGGGGGCUCAUGUCCCAAUGAAGAAGCCUCAACAAAAGCAUUCAAAUGGUCACAAACUGACACCAAUUCAAGAGCAACCAGAAGAUAUGUCAAACGAGAACAAUAAAUUACAACCAAAUUCGGAACAACAACCACAACAACAAAUGCAGCACAAAGGGUCAAUGAAUUCAACCUCAGAAGUUGUUGUUACUACAAAAUGGGAGACAUUUGAUUCUCUACCACCAUUAAUUCCUGUUACUUCAUCCAGCUCAUCCACCAAUAAUUCAGUUCAACCAAAGUUCGAUUGGGAGUUUUUCAACUAAAUAAUGCAACACCACGUGUUGGAAAUUGUGUGGAUGUCUUUUGGGCUUUGUUUUCCACUUGGAAUGUUAUUAUAUUGUUAAUUAUACAUUCUUUUAUGUAUUUAGAUUUGUUUAGCAACCUCUUUAGUCUGUCUUUUACUUUACCGGCAAUAAACCGUGGGUUGCUGUGUAGUGAUUAUUGGAGUAUCAUAAACUAGUUCCUUUUCUAAUUAAUUUUUUAGUUUUCUUCCAA